GCCGUCAAUUCUUGGAAAACGUCUUAUAUAUAUAUUGUGAAUAUGUCUGGGAACCAAGCAUCCCGAGGUCGGGGUGGUGGCCGCGGGCGCGGCGACAAUCUGCCCUACCACCCGAGAGGGAGGGGAGGCCCCUCCAGAGGCGGCCAGAGUUUCGGGAGAGGGCGUGGAGGUGGAACACAGUCUGAGGUGGCACUGUUCUCUCACGAAUCGGGCGGCGAUGCCCUACCCGACCGGGCCAUCCGGGCCCUCGAGGAUAAGAUCGAGGCGAGCGCGAAAGCCCCACCGACAAAGACGUCUCCAUCCUCCCUGAUCGCGAAACUCCCUCCUCGUCCGGGUUUUGGUACUCAAGGAAGAGAAGUAUUGCUGUGGACAAAUUACAUGGCGGUGGCAUCGUCCGCCAGCCUCGUUCUCCAGAGAUACCACCUGGAGAUUUUGCCCGACGGCGCAGGCCAACAGCCCAAAGGAAAGAAAGCGCGCCGACUCGUCGAAUUGCUCCUUGAGGAUCAUUUGGCCCAAUACAAAGACAAGGUCGCCACAGACUUCAGAUCGACUCUCAUAAGCUCGACUAAGAUUGAUCUUGUUGGAGACAACUAUGAUGUCGUCUACCGGGUUGAGGGCGAAGACAGUCCCGGGGCAGACGCCAAACACUACCGCAUCCGCCUCUCGCACACGGGUUCCUUGACCGUGUCUGAGCUGCUGAAUCAGCUCACUUCAACAAACGCAGGGACGUUGCUGGGAUCCAGGGAAGAAAUCAUCCAGGCGCUGAACAUUGUUGUUGGACACAAUCCCAAAGCCGCUGCAGAGAUUGCCUCCAUUGGAGCGAACCGGCAUUAUGCGCUGGACGCGGCAGACUUUGAGAGGUCUUCACUUGGCGCCGGGCUGACCGCCAUCCGCGGGUUUUUCUUCAGUGUCCGAGCGGCUACCGGGCGGCUGCUCAUGAACAUCCAGGUCAAGCACGGGGCGUUUUAUGAGGAUGGCCCACUCGAUCGAGUCAUGAGCGCAUAUGCCGCGAGCAUUGGCUUCAAUAGACCCAAAGUUGGGAGUUUCGUAAGGAAGCUCUCAGUCAACGUCACGCACAUCGUCCGAAAGAACUCGGCCGGCCGGCCGAUUCCCAGGAUCAAGGUUAUCGAAGGGCUUGCCACGCCACGGGACGGAGCCGGGCUGGAACACCCUCCUCGGAUCUCCGAGUACGGCGCUGGGGCGAAAGAUGUCGAGUUCUGGAUGGACAGCCAGGGCGAGACAUCGGCAUCGGGAUCCGCUCAAGGAGGUGGUGGCAAGGGGAAGAAGGGCAAGAAAGCAGGCCCGGCACCUCCCCUCCAAGGACGCUACAUCAGCGUCUACGACUUCUUCCGCUCCCAAUAUAACAUCGCCGUGUCUGAACCCAAGUUACCCGUCGUCAAUGUCGGCAGCAAGGAUCGACCAUCCUACCUCCCCGCCCAAGUCUGCAUGGUCAUCCCUGGGCAGACUUGCAACACGCAAUUAAGCCCUAGCCAGACGCAGCAGAUGAUCCGAUUUGCCGUCCGCAAGCCGGCACAGAAUGCCAUGUCCAUCGUCACGUCGGGAGCGAAGAUGUUGGCUGUUGGCAACAACUCAACACUGGAUGCUUUCAACAUCAGCAUCACACCGAGGUUGCUCACUGUCCCUGGCCGUGUGCUGAAUGCUCCCAAUGUCAAGUACGCGGGGCAGAAGUCGGCAUCGACGAGGUUUGGGAGUUGGAACAUGCAGCAGGUCCAGUUCACCACGAAGACGACAUUGAACUCGUGGACGUAUCUUUGGAUCUCGUACCCGUCAGCGCGCGAUCCUUGGCGCGACGAGGGAGACUUACAGAAAACAAUCACCGCUUUCGCUGCGAAGCUUCGAGAGGUGGGUAUAACCUGCAGCGAGUGUAUGAAAGGGUUGCGUGUGACGGUCACUCCGGGUAACGUCGACUCCGCGAUUGAUACGGCGCUCCACAGAUUUACAUCCAGUCCCCACAAGCCUCCGCCAAAGCUCGUCCUGAUCAUUCUGCCGGACUACAGUGGGCCGAUCUAUAAUCGGGUCAAGUAUGCAUGCGACGUGAAGGAAGGGCUUAUGAACGUCAAUGUCCAGGCUGCGAAGUUCGCGAAGCCCAACAAUGACCAAUACUUCGCCAACGUGGCCCUGAAGAUCAAUGCUAAACUAGGGGGCAUGAACCAGAGCCUGGACCAACCAAAACUCGGCAUCAUCGCCGAGGGCAAGACCAUGGUGGUGGGCAUCGACGUGACUCACCCUUCCCCGGGGUCGUCGUCGACAGCGCCCAGCAUCGUGGGCAUCGUCGCCUCGAUCGACAAAUGGCUCGGGCAGUUCCCGGCCGACCUGGCCAUCCAGACCGCACGGCAGGAGCUGGUCGCGGGACUCAAAGACUUGGUGAAAGUGCGCCUCGAGAUGUGGAAACGGCAUAAUACCGCGUACCCCGAGAAUAUUCUGGUCUAUCGCGACGGGGUAUCCGAGGGGCAGUACAACCUGGUCCUGGAUCACGAACUCCCCGAGAUCCGCGCGGCCUGCACCGAGGUGUACCCGGCGACGGCGACCAAGCAGGGGAUCCCACGCAUCACGAUCGUCGUUGUCGGGAAGCGGCACCACACGCGGUUCUACCCGACCAAGGCCGAACAGGCGGAUCGCUCGUCCAACCCGCAACACGGGACCGUGGUCGAUCGCGGCGUGACCGAGGCGCGCAACUGGGACUUCUACCUACAAGCGCACACCGCGAUCCAAGGCACGGCGAGGCCCGCCCAUUACUACGUCGUCUAUGACGAGAUCUUCCAGGCUCGCAAAGUCCCCCCGGGCCCCUUCAAGAGUGCCGCCGACAUCCUCGAGGACCUGACGCAUAACAUGUGCUAUCUCUAUGCGAGGGCCACCAAGUCCGUCAGCAUCUGUCCGCCCGCGUAUUACGCGGACCUGGUGUGUGACCGGGCCCGGUGCUAUUUGAGUGGAUUCUUUGACCCGGCGGCGGCGAGCUCGGCCGGCAGCGUGAGCGGGGGCGGAACGAACACACAGGGACCAGACUCCAGUAUGGUCAAGAUACAUCCCCGAGUGCGAGACAGUAUGUUUUAUAUUUAAUGGGCGUCGCCGUGUUACACUCGGAUGUAUAGCAGCUGGAUCAGGCAGGGAGGGCAGAUGGAAGAUCUUUGGAAAAUGUCUUUUGUCCGGUGGAAACCGGUCUCUGUUAGUCUCUCUGACGGUCAGGAACUCUUGGGCGGAAAAAAGUUGGCGUCUUGCGUGGAUUUGGGUCGAUGUCGUGACUAUGAACUUCAUAUGCUUCUGGGAUUUGUCGAGACUUAUCAGAACAUUUAAGUCUGUCUGAUGUUGGUGCUCGGUGAAGCCAUCAGGUCUUUCGUCUCAAUCUUAACCGUAAUAUGCCAUGUGUAUGGAACGUAUAUAUAUAUAUUAUGUGAAUCUGG